UUUAACCUUGUGCGUCUGUCGGCUGAUCACUGAUGGAGCUCCGUGAACUUGAAACAUGACGGGACAUCACUGUCUCCUCUUGCGUUCACCUCGUCGGCGCCUUCACCUUAACAGGUAGCCGGGAGAGACAGAGAGAGAGAGGGAGAGAAGGAGAGGAGAAAAAAGAAGACGCCGGUUUUCUCGGGACGUGUACGGGAGAUGAGCAUUGAUUUUGGGACUAAUGGAAGACAUCACAAACCACUGACCACCUGGCUGUGCCUGCUGGAGAGCGACGCUGAUCACCGCAAUCACUGCAGGUCGCACAAUUAGAUCCUGUCCAUUCCUGAAGUUAAAUGGGGGAAACGGAACUGCGACAUAUGCAGCCUCUAAUUUACCCCAGUUUGUGUGACCAGCUGUUUUUAGCCAAAACCUGUUCUUGAGUCUGAUUACUCCUGCGGGGCGAAUUUUAUAAUUUUUUCCCUGCCUCUUUUUCCCUGGACCCAAAGCUUGAUCUGACUGAGAAGGAUAUCCUUUACCCGAAUAAGCUCGCAGGCACACUGGAGGAGAAGACUAUGAGCUGACACACUCCAGUUUUUCUCCUGCGCUGUAACGGAUUUGGGUUUGUCCGUGGAAGAUUCCUGCCAUCACAUGCAAGGAGUCGCUGCCUGUAUCAACGUUGCUUAGAAAGAACGCUUUUGAGUUGUGAAGCCUGGGAACACAUUUACGCUGUCAUGGAUCUAAAAGACUAUUACCUGUUGGGUGCCCUACUUGCCUGCAUAUGGCUCGAUCCCUCAAUAGCCCAAGAGCUAAUCUACCCCAUCAGAGAGGAGUUGCAGGAAAAUGUCCUCAUUGGAAACAUACCAAAGGACCUAAACAUUUCCCAUACAAAUGCUGCCACCGGAGCAAGUGCUAAUCUCGUGUACCGGCUCGUCUCCAAAGCAGGAGAUAACCCACUGGUCCGUGUUCUGAGCAGCACAGGCGAGAUAUUCACAACAUCAAACCGAAUCGACAGGGAGAAGUUGUGCCCCGGUCCCUCGUUUGAGGACAGCGAGUGCUCCUUUGAAAUUGAAGUGGUCAUCCUGCCUAAUGAUUAUUUCAGGCUGAUUAAGAUCAAAAUAAUUGUCAAAGACACAAACGAUAAUGCCCCCAUGUUCCCGUCCCCUGUGAUCAACAUCUCCAUCCCCGAGAACACGCUCAUUAACAGCCGAUUUGCUAUUCCUUCUGCCACUGACCCAGACACUGGCCCCAACAGUGUCCACAAAUACGAGCUGAUCAACGGGCAGAGUGCCUUCGGCUUAGACAUAGUUGAAACGCCUGAGGGGGAGAAGUGGCCCCAGCUCAUUGUGCAGCAGAAUCUGGACAGAGAGCAGAAGGAUACAUAUGUGAUGAAGAUCAAAGUGGAGGAUGGUGGCAGUCCACAGAAAUCCAGCACUGCCAUUCUCCAAGUCACAGUCACGGAUGUCAACGAUAACAGACCGGUGUUUAAAGAGAGUCAGAUAGAAGUGCAUAUACCAGAGAACUCCCCUAUUGGCACGUCUGUUGUGCAGCUCCAGGCCACAGAUGCAGACAUAGGGGCAAAUGCAGAGAUACGCUACGUAUUUGGGACUCAGGUGUCUCCUGCAACGAAAAGACUCUUUGCAUUAAACACAACAUCUGGCCUAAUUACAGUGCAGAGGCUCCUGGACAGAGAGGAGACUGCAAUUCAUAAGCUCUCUGUUUUAGCCAGUGAUGGCAGCUCCAGUCCAGCCAGAGCCACUGUUACCAUAAAUGUGACUGAUGUUAAUGACAAUCCACCUAAUAUAGACCUGAGAUACAUAAUCAGUCCCAUUAAUGGGACUGUUUUCCUCUCGGAGAAGGAUCCCAUCAAUACCAAGAUAGCUCUCAUCACAGUGUCAGACAAAGACACUGACAUCAACGGCAAGGUCAUUUGUUUUAUAGAGAAGGAUGUGCCCUUCCAUCUCAAGGCCGUGUACGAUAACCAGUAUCUCUUAGAGACAUCUGCGCUGCUUGACUACGAAGGGACCAAGGAAUACAACUUUAAAAUUGUAGCGUCUGACUCUGGGAAGCCGAGCUUGAAUCAGACUGCUUUGGUAAGAGUGAGGCUGGAGGAUGAGAAUGACAACCCGCCUAUUUUUACUCAGCCAGUUAUUGAGCUGGCUGUUAUGGAGAACAACAAACGCGACCUGUUCCUCACUACUCUCAGCGCCACGGAUGAGGACAGUGGGAAAAACGCUGAGAUAGUUUAUCAGCUGGGACCCAAUGCAUCAUUCUUCGAUCUCGACCGCAAAACGGGGGUCCUGACUGCAUCCAGGGUUUUUGACCGGGAGGAUCAGGAUAGGUUUCUCUUCACUGUAACGGCGAGAGAUAACGGGACACCCCCUCUGCAAACGCAGGCAGCCGUCAUUGUAACUGUGCUGGAUGAAAACGAUAACAACCCCAAGUUCACACACAACCACUUUCAGUUCUUUGUGUCGGAGAAUCUUCCUAAAUACAGCACUGUGGGGGUGAUAACUGUGACAGAUUCGGAUGCCGGUGAAAAUGCUGCUGUUUCUCUUUCCAUACUGAAUGACAAUGAGAACUUUAUACUGGAUCCUUACUCUGGGGUGAUAAAAUCUAAUGUGUCAUUUGAUAGGGAGCAGCAGAGCUCCUACACUUUUGAUGUCAGAGCUGUGGACAGCGGCAGGCCUCCUUGCUCCUCGGCCGCCAAGGUGACCAUCAAUGUCAUCGAUGUGAACGACAACACCCCCAUUGUCAUCUACCCCCCCUCUAACACAUCUUUCAAGCUCGUCCCACUCUCCUCUAUCCCAGGAUCUGUGGUUGCAGAGGUGUUUGCUGUAGACGGUGAUACAGGGAUGAACGCUGAACUCAAAUACACCAUCGUGAGUGGGAAUAACAAAGGUCUGUUCAGAAUUGACCCUGUCACAGGGAAUAUUACUCUGGAGGAAAAACCAGCAGUGACUGACAUAGGCUUACACAGAUUAGUGGUCAAUAUCAGUGACCUGGGAUAUCCUAAAUCCCUCCAUACGCUCGUGCUGGUAUUUCUAUAUGUCAAUGACACUGUGGGUAACUCUACACUCAUCUAUGAUCUCAUCCGACGCACUAUGGAGACCCCAAUUGACCGAAACAUUGGCGAAAGCAGUGAAACUUAUCAAAGCGGUGACUAUUUAACUAUAAUGAUAGCCUUUGUUACCGGCGCCUUAGUGGUGAUUAUUGUCAUCUUUGUCACUGUGCUCCUGCGCUGCCGCCACGCUUCCAGGUUCAAAGCUGCACAGAGGAAAAAACAGGGGGCGGAGUGGAUGUCACCCAACACAGAGAACAAGCAGAACAAGAAGAAAAAGCGCAAGAAAAGGAAAUCCCCUAAAAGCUCCCUGCUCAACUUUGUCACCAUCGAGGGGAACAAACCUGACGAUCCUGCCCACGAGCCGAUCAACGGAACCAUCAGUCUGCCCACCGAGCUGGAGGAGCAAGGGAUUGGACGCUUUGAUUGGAAUGCCACACCCACCACAACCUUCAAACCCAGCAGCCCAGACCUGGCCCGGCACUACAAGUCCGCCUCACCGCAAUCGGCCUUCCACCUCAAGGCCGACACGCCGGUCUCGGUGAAGAAGCAUCACGUGAUUCAGGAGCUCCCAUUGGAUAACACAUUUGUUGGGGGCUGUGACACGCUUUCCAAGAGGUCCUCCACGAGCUCCGACCACUUCAGUGCCUCAGAGUGCAGCUCCCAAGGAGGGUUCAAGACGAAGGGGCCCAUGCACACCAGACAGCAGGGAACUUUAACUCGUGCCCGAACUGAACUGAAUCCUGAAUAUCUGGACCUCCGUCCGCGAGCCGAGCUGAACCCUGAAUAUUGGACCCCUUGCACCCCUUUAUCGCAGCGGCGCGUCACGUUUCACCUGCCGGAUGGCUCUCAGGAGAGCUGCAGUGACAGCGGUCUGGGGGACCACGAGCCUGUAGGCAGUGGCUCCCUCCUCACACAACCUCUCCCUCUGGUGCAGGCGCAGGACGACUUCUACGAGCAGGCCUCCCCUGAUAAGAGGACUGAAGCUGACGGCAACUCCGACCCCAACUCUGAUGGCCCCCUGGGACCUCGUGGUCUAGUGGAAGCUACAGAGAUGUGCACACAGGAAUGCCUAGUCCUGGGACAUUCAGACAACUGCUGGAUGCCCCCGACGUUAGGAACAUACCAGCAGCCCAAAUCACCAGUGUCUAGCUUUGGGUCUCAGAGGGAGUGGGGUCCCAAGGAAAAACUUCUCAAUGGACAUACUCUGACCAGAACCUGGAAAAAUGAGAGUGGGCGGUCAGAGCAUUUUGGUGACAGGAAGCAGUUUGGGAGCGGAGAGGGACACUUCACCAGCAGUGGCAUGGCUGAUAUUCCACUGGUGAGUCUGAAGUCCUGCCAGCCAGCCUCCUGCCCAGACAGCCCAAAGGACCAGCAGCUAUAAGACGGACUUUGCUUCUGUGCUGUGAGAUGUCCACCUGAGCUCCCUUCCUCUUUUAUCGUUUUCUUUCUAGUUUCAUCUCUUCCCACUUAAGUUGAUGCUUCUGCAGUGUGAUAGCCACAUGUACUAUGUACUAUAGUGCUUAUGCUGUGUUCUCUACGAUUCAGCUUUACUAUGGCUCUAGAGGAACCCUCUUUUUUUUUUUUUUUUUAAUGAACCUCCAUGGAUUUCUUCAACGUAACAUUUUCUGUCCACUUCAUGUGUGAUUUGGACAAGUGGAGGAAGGACACGCGUAAAAUGGAGAAAACAAAUUACAAGAAGAAAAAAAAAAAAAAAAAAAAAAAAACUACCAUGGCUGACCAGUAUAUACAAAUAUUCGUGGUGUGGUUGUUAUUGAGUUGUUCAGGACUAUAUUAAUCAACACAAUCAAAGAAAAUGGAAUUACAUUUCAGAAAGUGUUGUUCUAAUAACACUGUUAGUGGACACUUGUUUAUUCUGUUAUCGUCUGUGUGUUUGUAAAUAAGACUUAUUAACCACUAUCAUGUACCCGUAAUAACCACAGUGAAUAGGACAGUUUUUGGCUGUUGUCGUCAUAAUGGCUUGUCAUCGGGAUUUGGGAUUUCAGCUGGACACAGAUCUAUAAUGUGGCAUAAUGUACAACGAGAAAACAUUAACCUAAUUAUUUAAAAACCCUAUGGUUGAUUUUGAAACUAAUUUCCAUACCGUAAUAUUCUCAAUGUUGCCCAUAUUUCAUAAUAAUUUUUUUCAAGUACGGAAAAAAACCCACCGGCAAACCUUUUUUUAAAAAAGAAAAAAAACUUUGUAUGAAGGAUGUCAGUGCUCAAUAUGUGCAUUAUAAAAAUGAAAAGCUCUGAAAGCACUCCUCUAUAAACUGAUUUUGAAAGUGUUCAGUACAAUUAAAUAGCAAUAUAUUUGUAAAUGGCUAAAUGUUUUAUCUAACGUUGAUCUUAUUACUGUAUAGAUUUUAUUCAAAUUGUGAUUUAACUGAGUGCAAUCCCUCAGUAGUACCUGCAAUUAUUUGACAUAUGUAUAUAUAUUAUUUCCACACGGCCUAUUAUUUUCAUACAUAAGAAAACACAGGUUAAGAUAACACUUUUAAUCACCGUGCCUUCAUGAUGUUUCUUCAAACACUGAAUUGUGCUUAUUUAAAUGAUGAGAACAUGUUGGCUACAAAGACUACCCUGUCUGAUAAUCAAAUGCCUUAUGCAUUGAAUGUUUGCCAAAUUUAGAGACAUAAUCACACAGAUAUUAAAGUACAAAAUUGAGUCGUUGGUACUGAAGAAAAACACAAAGGCAUGUGCAGAUACUGGGUCAAAGAUCAUCUGUCAUUCCACUGUCUGAAAAAGUUUGUUUUAUUCCACAGCAUGGAAGGCAAAUUACACAAUGGAAUAGCAUGCUAAAAGAUAUAGCUUUUAAAAAUUACCUUGUUCAUUUUUGUGUCAUUUUAUUUUGUUGGAAUAGAGUUGAUUUGUGCAUUAAGGAGACAUUCAGUUUGUAAAGCACUUUCAUAUUUAUGUCACAAUAUAAAGAAGUUAAGUGGGAUGGAGUGAUUUGCUUAUCGCAGUAUGUUUGUCAGUUGUGAGGGUGUUUGACAUCACAGAUACUGAAACAGUUAAUCCUUGUUACUACUCUACAGGUAUACAGCUACUGCAAUAAAUGUUUUAAUUAUG